CGGGGUCAUUCUGAACAGUUCGACCCAAGAGACAAAAUGCAGUGGGCCUCCAUCCUGCUGCUGGCUGGUCUCUGCUCGCUCACCCAGGGCCAGUAUGACGAAGAUUCUCACUGGUGGAUCCAGUACCUCCGAAACCAGCAGUCCACCUACUACGACCCCUAUGACCCUUACCCCUACGAGCCCUCUGAGCCUUACCCCUAUGGAGUAGAGGAAGGCCCAGCCUAUGCCUAUGGCACGCAUCCUCCACCAGAGCCCCGUGACUGUCCCCAAGAGUGCGACUGCCCGCCUAACUUCCCCACAGCCAUGUACUGUGACAACCGCAACCUCAAGUACCUGCCCUUUGUGCCCUCCCGCAUGAAGUAUGUCUACUUCCAGAACAACCAGAUCACCGCCAUCCAGGAAGGCGUCUUCGACAAUGCCACUGGGCUGCUCUGGAUUGCUCUGCAUGGCAACCAGAUUACCAGUGACAAGAUAGGCAGGAAGGUCUUCUCCAAGCUGAGGCACCUGGAGAGGCUGUACCUAGACCACAACAACCUGACCCGGAUGCCCGGCCCGCUGCCUCGAUCCCUGAAAGAGCUCCACCUGAACCACAACCAGAUCUCUCGGGUCCCCAACAAUGCUCUGGAGGGGCUGGAGAACCUCACGGCAUUGUACCUCCACCACAAUGAGAUCCAGGAAGUGGGAAGUUCCAUGAGGGGCCUCCGGUCUCUGAUCCUACUAGAUCUGAGUUAUAACCACCUCCGAAGGGUGCCCGACGGUCUACCGUCAGCCCUGGAGCAACUGUACCUAGAACACAACAGCGUCUACACCGUCCCUGACAGCUACUUCCGGGGGUCACCCAAGCUGUUGUACGUGAGGCUGUCUCACAACAGCCUCACCAACAACGGCCUUGCUACCAACACCUUCAAUUCCAGCAGCCUCCUGGAGCUGGACUUGUCCUACAACCAGCUGCAGAAGAUCCCUCCCGUCAACACCAACCUGGAGAACCUCUAUCUCCAAGGCAACCGGAUCAACGAGUUCUCCAUCAGCAGCUUCUGCACGGUGGUGGACGUCAUGAACUUCUCCAAGCUGCAAGUGCUCCGCCUGGACGGGAACGAGAUCAAGCGCAGCGCCAUGCCCGUCGAUGCUCCACUCUGCCUGCGCCUCGCUAGCGUCAUCGAGAUCUGAGCGGCUAUGCCCCGCGCUCCUCCGGGCUCCAGGCACACGCACCCCGCACCCCUGCUCCCCGAGAGCCGCCUCCACCCUGCAGCAUUUGACUCGAUGGUCUGGUUUGGCUUUUGCUGGAUGGUCUGGCACAAGCAAGUGGUAAAGUCCACG